AUGGCGGCCACCAGAAUCGUAGUGUCAGCAAGCACCACUGCCGCCACAACUUUGCUGUUCAAAGGGCCAUUGCGAAGACCUCAAAGUUUGAGCUUUUUUUGCCCCAACAAUCGAUUAGUGCCCAAGAAAAGAUUGUUCACUUGCAGUGCAAUUUACAAUCCCCAAGUUCAGAUCAAAGAGGAAGGCCAACCCGAAACCCUAGAUUACCGAGUCUUCUUCCUCGAUGAUUCUGGCAAAAAGGGUUUCCAACGACUUGAAUUUAUUGGUCACAAAGCAUUUUGUUUGCUCACGUUGCAGGUUUCUCCUUGGCAUGAUAUACCGCUACAUUUGGGUGAUAGUGCCUUCAGUUUUAUUGUUGAAAUUCCCAAAGAAUCAAGUGCAAAGAUGGAGGUUGCUACUGAUGAGCCAUUCACUCCAAUAAAACAAGACACAAAGAAAGGAAAAUUGCGCUACUACCCGUACGAUAUGCUGUUGCACUUUUUUCUUUGUGGAUGUUUUCCUUUUCAUUGUUUAGUCAUGUUAUAUUUGAAGCAAGGUCCACUACUACCUCCUGUCCUUCCAAGAAGUGGACGGCUGGCAGAGUUCACUUGCCUUCUCAGGUAUAAUAUAAACUGGAAUUACGGAUUACUCCCACAAACUUGGGAAGACCCGUCAUUUGCCAACCAUGAAGUUGAUGGGGCAUUUGGAGAUAACGAUCCAGUUGAUGUUGUUGAAAUUGGGGAUAGCCGUGGAAAAAUUGGCCAGAUUCUGAAAGUCAAGCCCUUAGGUGCUUUAGCUAUGAUUGAUGAGGGCGAACUUGACUGGAAAAUAGUGGCAAUUUCAUUGGAUGAUCCAAGGGCUUCACUUGUAAAUGAUGUUGAUGACGUGGAGAAGCAUUUUCCGGGCACUCUUACUGCAAUCAGGGACUGGUUCAGAGACUACAAGAUCCCUGAUGGAAAACCUGCUAACAAGUUUGGUCUUGGCAACAAGGCAGCAAACAAGGAUUAUGCUCUGCAAGUCAUUACUGAAGCCAAUGAGUCUUGGGCCAAACUUGUCAAAAGAUCUACUCCUUCUGGAGAGCUUUCCCUUGUGUAA